UACUCUAUGAGUGUCACUGUCAAGUCAACUGUCAGACUUCAAAAAACAAUUAUUGGUGUGAAAUUGCGAAUUGUGAUUUAUCAAUUAUUUCAUAUUAAAUAAUUAAUAAUCUAUUCUGUAAUUUCGGUAUGAUUUAAUCGAAGUACAUCAAUAUUUAUAUAAACAUAGGUAGAUUCGAGCAGGACACCGCAAGUCCGCAACUCUAGUGAUGAUAUUAGCUGAAACGCUGUUGUUUGCUCUGGCUCUGAUCGAUUGUGGCGCUAUAUUGUUCUUAUUAAUUUACUACAUCAUUACACUAUCUGAUCUGGAAUGUGACUACUUGAACGCCCAGGAGUGUUGCGAGAAACUGAACUACUGGUUGCUCCCGAAGUAUAUCGCCCAUUCGUUUAUAACUUUUUUAUUGUUAUUCCAUGGCCAGAUUUUACUCUUCAUGUUAAACCUGCCCAUGUUUAUAUGGACAACUUUUGAGUAUUUCACAGUGCCGAGAGGUAACCUGGGCGCUUACGAUCCAACUGAAAUUAAUAACAGAGGCCAACUGAAGAAGCACCUGAGGGAUGUUAUGAUUUACAUUGGAUACUAUUUAAUAUUUUUCUUCAUUUAUCUUUACUCUUUCAUAUUAGCGCUAUUGAAAGGCGACCCUAUCCGACGCGGAAGUGAUGACGAUAUUGUGACAGAAAUAUAG